AUGAACGUCGCCUUAGCGUGUAGUCCACAAGAUGCAUAUUCCGCGGCAGACAGGGAAGAAGGUGGGGAUGUUGCUACAGUUCACGGAGCAGAGUGGAACGUGCGAUCGUCGUGCUGGGACACUUCCAUCGCCGAGCGGACGGUUAGCCAACUAUGCGACAUCUGCCCCGUGGUUUCGAGCCGACUUCCGACAGAAUUGUGGGAGCUCAUAAUUGAUUUCAUCGCGGAGGACGGAUUGGACGACAUGGGACGACUUGGCCAAGUGUGUCGUGGGUGGCAUGCCCGAUGUCGCUUUCGUAGUCAUGAGAUCCUUAGCAUGCGGUGCACAGAGAAGAAGGAGGUGUAUCGCCUGAUCCGUACACUGGGCGAGCACCCCGAGCGAUCCCGUGUCGUCAAGACAGUCUUAUUUGAAUUUGCACCCCAAUCGAUUGGCCUCCUUGGGUCGUUUGCUGUGCGCACGAUGCAAACGCUGCCUCGAGUCAAAUUUCUCAGACUCUCGCAUUGCAAAUGGGAGAGCGGGCGACUGCACGCGCAAGUCUUCCUCCAUCUCACUCUCACAUUUGGGUCGGUGACCAAGCUUGAACUCUUCAACGUGACCUUUCCGUCUGCGGUGGUAUUUGGGCGACUUGUGCGUGCUCUCCCCCGGCUCUCUACCCUCGAAUGCCAGAUUGUGCGAUUUCAGAAGGGCUGCCAUGUUGUGGAUGCGGUGCGAGUGCCAGGCUCCCUCCGACUCGACGCUGCUAGUCUGAAUGGCAGCGAUGACGUGUUUGACUUCCUAGUGUCGAUCGGCGCGCAAGUUGGCCAUCUCUCCUGCUAUGGACACGACCUGGCGAAGCUGCCGGACUUGCUCGCGGUGUCCGCCGAGUCGCUCUUGUCCCUCGAUGUCAGGCUGCUUCGCAGAGCCACUUCAAUCGAUCUGACACCUGCAGUCAACUUGCGUAUCCUAUCGUUGGCCGGACAUCUCAAAAACAUCGCCAAGGAAGCCUGUGUCCUGUCUGGCGCGUCUUUACCAAAGCUAGUAGAGGUCACCAUUGAGUCGCGGCCAAAUCUUUGGGCAACACUUGUCUCUGUCCAGGAUACAUUGAAUGGCAUCGAUAAUGACUCUUUUGCACGGAUGGACCGCAUACUCUCCGGCCGUCAAUUUCCUGCUCUUUUCAAAGUCACCUUGCUCCUUCGUUGUGAAAUUCAUUACGCCGGCGCGGUGAGCAUCAUAUCCGAAGGCUCCUGGUGCACCCUGCUCUCGUCAAAGCUUCCAGCCCUCCAUGCCAGUGGUCGCCUUCUAAUAACAGUCAACGAGACCGAAGAUGGUAAGACGCCAGCCGAACCUCUUACACUUCAAGAGGCCAUCGACAGCAUAUGCACUUUCGUUGCGAUCUGUGUGUACAAUGACUCUGUGGACGAUAAGGAAAUAGGUGUACUGUUCGGAGGCGUCACGGGCGAAGACACGAGUGAGGAAAGCUUUCUUCAUAAUGACCUGUAUGGAUACCAGAUUGGCGGGAAUUGGCGCGGGAUAUCUAUGCUCCUAAAGCGACCUAAGAAGAAAACCACCGGUGCAAAUAAGCAAAAGUCUGUGCCUGCUCCGGUGCGAGCGCCGUCGAGUGACAAGGAAGAUGACGAAAGUGAUCCAGAGAAAAAGUGGCGAUGA